AUGAACACAAUCACGGUAGCUAGCGACGAGUAUCGUGAGUAUGCCUCCAUCACCACGAGACAUCCUUACAACCUUAUCCUGAACCUAAUCCUACGCUAUCUGACCCCUAACCCCAAUCCAUGCUAUUACUUAUACAACCAGCCUCGACCGACAUACAACGCCUCGCCUCUACAAAUCACACAAAUCACAAUGCCCGUGCUCAAAGUCGUCGCCAAGAUCUCCGACCAAUUCCCUUGUCUCACCGACGUGCUCUACGUCCAGAACAUCACCGGAACCAUCUCUUCCCAGGACCCCAAGUACCCCUUUGAGGCCGUCAUCACCUCUGGUCACGACGUGAUUCGAACCACAAAGUCCGGUCAGACCGCCAUUUUGGACGCCGUUCUGGUCGGCCACCUCAAGGACUCCGACAAGAAGUUCCUGAUGAAGUACUCCGGUCACCUGAACUUUUCUCCCGAGCUAGUUGAGGUUCUUACGGGCAAGAAGACUGAGCAUGGUCCCCCCGGUAACGUCAAGUCUUUCGGCACCAUUGAGCUUGACGAGGAGGCCAAGGACGAUAAGGAGAGCUGGGUCGUUGGACAGACCAUGGUCGGAAACGGCCGAUUUUUCCGAGACGGAGAGGAUCUCUUCGUGGAGUAUCUUACCGAGUUCAUGUAA